AUGGCGCUGCGCUUGUCUGAUUUUUGGCUUUCCUCGGGCCCUUUGGAAGCCAAGCAGGACGUAAGGGAACCAAUUCCACAGGGCUUCCUCCGUGCGCCGGAGGGUGGGUACCGCAAUUCGAUCUCCCGGCCGGGCGCGUUAUUUGCCGAGCCGGGUGGAGCCGGCAGGGCAGACAAAGAAAACGGCCCCACGGCGGAGCACGCUGCUGCGUUAGAUGCACGCAGCAGCACGGUGAACACUACCCCGGCGACAAGAGCCACCAUCUCAAAUGCAUCCCCGACCACGGUAGAUGCCACCACCAGCCUGGCCAGCUCAGAUGCGUUGCCUUCUCCCAAGACCAUCUCCAAUGCACCCCCGACCACGGCAGAUGCCACCACGCACCAGUCCAGCUCAGAUUCGUCGCCUUCUCCCAACACCAUCCAAGCCACCGGCCACAGCAGCGGAACGAGCCACGUUACAGCUGGGCCUGCCACCUCCACGUCUCUGGCCACCUCCAAAGAGCCGCCACUCACUAGCCCAGCGGCUGAGUCCACUAGCCACAACGGCACGGCCACAACUGCUGGGCCAAGCGAUGAGGACGCGCCGGUGACCCAGAAGCCGGGCCUGGUGGCCGUGAUCUGUAUUUUCCUCGUUGUCUUGCUCCUCGGCGCCGUCGUGAUCGUGGUGAAAUGCUGCCGUGCGAGGGAACCCGCCUUCCAGAAACUGGACGAGGUGCCCAUGGGAAAAGUCGCGGAAGGUGCUCCGUUUGCGCGUUACCCGCCGAAAUAACCCAGCGC